AUGGCGGGAGCGCGGGCUCUGCUCCGGCACUGCCCGCUGCUGCUGCCGCAGGACCGCCGCGGCACCGCCUACGAGGGCUUUGUCACUGCCCAGGGUAGAGACUUCCACAUCAGGAUACUGCUACCAGUGGAUUUGCAACUGAAAAAUGCCAGGAUAGAGUGCAGCUGGCAUCUGAAGAAGAUCCUGCAUGGAUAUCGCCACAUUUUAAAGCAGAGGCUGCAGAGCUGCCCAGAUCUUGUCAGCUUUAUGGUGGAACUGAAAACUGUUUUGGAAAUUGCUUUAAAAAACACACAAGACCUGCACAUCCCACGGCCUCCAGAAUACUACUCCUGUCUUGUCAGAGAUCUAGAAAUACUGGGCUGGAAUAGAGUGGCCUAUGUAGACACUGGGCUGACCACAGUCAAGUUAAAAGCUGAAGACUCUUGUGGUCGACAGCAUCUCAUCACUCUCAAGUUAAAUGCAAAGUAUCCUACAGAACCACCAGAUUGCCUUGUGGAUUUUCCUGUUCCAUUUGCUGUUUCCUGGAUGCCACAGAACUCCUUAAUAGACAUUUACAAUCAGUUCCUGGCAGCAUUGGAGUCCCUGAAGGAAUUCUGGGAUGCCCUGGAUGAAAUCGAUGGGAAGACAUGGGUGCUUGAGCCAGAAAAUCCCACACGGAGUGCUACAACCAGAAGAAUUGCAAUAGGGAACAAUGUCUCAGUGAAUGUAGAGGUAGAUCCUCGCCAUCCAAACAUGCUUCCAGAGUGUUAUUUCCUUGGAGCAGACCACGAAGUGAACCCUCUGAGAGCAAAACUCAACAACAACAUGCACUUGUGGGAUCCAGAAAUCAGCUUGUUACAAAACUUAAGAGAGCUCCUGGAAAUUGAUUUUCCAUCUCGUGCUAUGUUGGAAAAAAGCGACUUUGCCAAGGACUGUGGGAUCUGCUACGCCUAUCGGCUGGACGGCAGCACGCCCGACCAAGUGUGCGACGAUCCUCGCUGUGGGCAGCCCUUCCACCAGGCCUGUCUCUAUGAGUGGCUACAAGGCCUUCCCACCAGCAGGCAGAGUUUUAAUGUCAUCUUUGGUGAAUGUCCCUAUUGUAAUAAGCCCCUGACACUGAAAUCUUCAAUGAAGAAACUCUAGGAAAAAACUGUGUGGUGGGAGCAGCACUGCACUCCCACUGAAGACACAGGAACAGCAACAUCAAAGCAGAGACAAGGACAGGACAAUGAGCAGCA